AUGGACGACGACCUGGUGGAGGACGACAGCCCCGACCUGUUCAUCAACUUCACCCCCGAGGUGCAGAAGGCCAUCGCCGAGGUGCUACCCAGCAAGGACCCCCUCGACGAGCCCGACUUCAACAGUAUUGACUACAUCAACUCGCUGUUCCCCACCGAACAGUCCCUCUCGAAUAUCGACGAAGUCGUGUCCCGGAUGGAGACCAAAAUCCAGUCCAUCGACAACGAGAUCAGCACGGUGGUCCGCGGCCAGAUCACCGCCAGUCAAGAGGGGCGCCAGUCGCUGGACGAGGCCCAAAGAGUCAUCAAACAACUCUUCACCCACAUCAAAACAAUCAAGGAAAAGGCGGAAAAGUCGGAAGAGAUGGUGCGCGAAAUCACGCGCGAUAUCAAACAGCUCGACUGCGCCAAACGCAACCUGACUUUGGCCAUAACCACCCUCAACCACCUCCAUAUGCUCGUGGGGGGCGUGGACACUUUGAAACUCCUGACCCAGAGACGGCUCUACGGGGAAAUCGCCCUGCCUUUGCAGGCCAUAAGCGAGGUCAUGACCCACUUUGAGACCUACUCGGACAUCCCCCAAAUCAAGAGUCUGAGCGACCAGGUCAAGUCGAUCCACGUGGAACUGGCCGAGCAAAUCACACACGACUUCAAGGAGGCGUUUUCGGGGACGAACAAGACCACCAUCCCCAACAAGCAACUCGCACAAGCGUGUCUCGUGGUUUCCACACUCGAGCCCAAAGUCAAGAAAGACCUCCUCAAGUGGUUCGUCAAUUUGCAAUUGCAGGAGUACAACCACUUGUUUCAAGAGACCGAAGACACCGCCUGGUUGGACAAAAUCGACAAGAGAUACGCCUGGAUCAAGCGGCACUUGCUCGAGUUUGAGGACCGUCUGGGGAACUUAUUCCCGCAAAACUGGGAGGUCUCCGAGCGCAUUGCCGUGCAGUUUUGCCAAAACACGCGGGAAGAGCUCGUUAAGAUCAUGGCGAAGCGCAGGAGCGAAAUCGACGUGAAGUUGCUCCUCUACGCCAUUCAGAAAACCGCGACUUUUGAGAACUUGCUCUCGAGGCGCUUUACAGGCGUUACGUUGAGGGACGACGAGAGUGAGCCCGAUUUUGGGGCGAAACCGCCUUUUACCGGCCUGAUAGGGGUCUGUUUUAUCCCACACUUGGAGAUCUACAUCGAAAGUAUCGACCGAAACUUGGCCGAUUUGAUCGAACGGUUCGUUCAAGACUCCAAACAGAGCCAACCAACGGAAGCGACCGACACCCAAGCGGCGAUUUUACCGUCAUGUCCCGACUUAUUCGUCUUUUACAAGAAAAGUAUGAUCCAGUGUACGCAACUCGACAACGGACAGUCAAUGCUAAGUCUCACUAAGACGUUCCAAAAGUACUUGCACGAGUACUCCGAACGCAUCCUUCAAAACAAUUUGCCCAAAAUCGAGAGUCAGAGCAUUGGGACAAGUGUCCAGUUGCUCACACGUGACUUGCAAAAAAUAUCCACCUCGGGGAUUAUCCAAAACUUUUCCUCCUUGUUGAAAGAAGGCGAGAUUACGCGGUUUAACAAGGAUGAGCUGGCGAAGAUUUGUUGUAUUUUAUCAACGGCGGAGUAUUGUCUUGAGACCACGCAGCAAUUGAGUGACAAACUUAAGGAGAAAAUCGAGCCAGGGUUGGCCGACCAAAUCGAUUUGUCCAAAGAACAAGACAAUUUUCACAAGGUUAUUUCGAACAGUAUUCAAAUCCUGGUGCAGGACUUGGAAAAUGCCUGCGAGCCCGCUUUGACUGCGAUGAGUAAGAUCCAGUGGCAGAACGUGGACACCGUAGGUGACCAAAGCCCCUACAUUACGGCCCUAACAACCCACUUCAAGACCACCAUUCCCAUAAUUCGGGACAACUUAUCCCACACUCGCAAAUACUUCACCCAGUUUUGCAUAAAAUUCGCCAACUCGUUCAUCCCGAAAUUCAUCCAAAACAUUUACAAAUGCAAACCGAUAAACACCGAAGGUGCCGAACAACUUCUCCUCGACACGCACAUGUUGAAAACAGUUUUACUAAACUUACCUUCGAUCGCGUCCCAAAUCAACCGACAAGCACCAGCCUCGUACACCAAAGUGGUCACCAAAGGCAUGACAAAAGCCGAGAUGAUACUCAAGGUCGUCAUGACACCAGUUGACCCCUCCAAAGCCUUCGUCGAACAAUACAAGAAAUUGUUGCCCGAUUGCCAGUUGAACGACUUUUACAAAAUUCUGGACAUGAAGAGUGUGAAAAGGCAGGAACAGGCGGUUUUGGUGGAGGUUUUCAAAAGUUACAAGACUUGAAUUUGUAAUAACGUACUUAAACAUUCCAUGUAAUAAAAUUAAUCUAAAGGCG